AUGCCUCUCAAGUAAUAACAGGCUCAUGAUAAAGAUGAUGUCAAUGUUUAAUAUCCAUGUACACAGAAGAGGCGUGAUACCUUGUAUCUACAUUGUGUGUGUGUGUGUAUGUGUGUGUGCAUGCGCAGUGUGACAUCAGCGUCCCCUCUGUGGAGAUAUAAACAGACGUCCAGAGCAGGUCCUCUUCUGAAUGACUCUCCACUACAGCCAUACACUGCAACUCCAUCCACCUCACAGGAGAAGCAGAGGCAAACCAAAACACUUCAGCUCUCCCUAGACCCAUAGACUAAAUACACUGAGUAGCUCUGGUCUAUCAUACUUUUCACACUCUAGUAGCUAGCCAUCGGAACAGAAGAUUCUCUGAAGAUUCUCCAUUCAAGCACAGGGACAACCUGAAGCCUGAUUUUCUGUCCACCUCAUUUUCUGUUCGUCUGUCCAUCCUCCUAUAUCUGAGGUUCCUAAAGCCAAAGGAUACUUGGCUCUUCUCCACAAUGUAAGUCUUCACUUCUAUUCUUUACUCUUAAGUGUCCUUGAAUUAACUCUAAGAUGUGUUAUUUUAAUAGCAGUUGUUACAUUUUGAGCAUAUUUGAUUCUUGUUUUUUGCAUGCCUGAAGCAUAUUUGAUGUCAAGUGAACUCCAUGACCAGUCUAUCCCCAGGAUUCACCAAUAAAAAAUAAAAAAUUGUGUGUUAGAGGCACUUCAAUUAAUUUCAUAGCCACAUCAUUUCAACCCCAAAAAAUCAAUGUGAAGACGUUGAAUCAACAUGGAAAACUGAUUGGAUUUGCAAAAAGUCAUCAAUGUAAGGGCAUUUUGUUUUUUUUUCAACCAACUUUCAACCAAAAUUUUUCCAACCUAAAAUUCAAUUCAUCAGGGCAUGGACUACAAGGUGUUGAAAGCGUUUCACAGGGAUGCUGGCCCAUGUUGACUCCAAUGCUUCCCACAGUUGUGUCAAGUUGGCUGGAUGUCCUUAUGGUGGUGGACCAUUCUUGAUACACACAGGAAACUGUUGAGUGUGAAAAGCCCUGCAACGUUGCAGUUCUUGACACACUCAAACUGGUGUGACUGGCACCUACUACCAUACCCCAUUCACCCUGUCUUGCCCAUUCACCCUCUGAAAGGCACACAUACACAAUCCAUGUCUCAAUUGUCUCAAGGCUUAAAAAUCCUUCUUUAACCUGUCUCCUCCCCUUCAUCCACACUGAUUGAAGUGGAAUUAGCAGGUGACAUCAAUAAGGGAUCAUAGCUUUCACCUGGAUUCACCUGGUCAGUCUAUGUCAUGGAAAUAGCAAGUGUUCCUAAUGUUUUGUACACUCAGGGUAUUGUUGUGCUAUUUUCUUGUGAGUCCAUGCAAUGUUUACAGAAUUGUUUCAUGCAUAGUUUGGUAGUCAGUGUAUUGCGCUUAUGAUAGUUUGGCAACAGUCUGGCAACAGAAGACAGACAUGUACUAGGAGUUUUGUAUUGUGUUGUACUGUAUCUUCUGAUUGUUAUUCAAUUAACACAUUAAUCUCUCAUAUUAUAAAUUCCAGGACUAUAAUCAAUUAUUCGAUAGUACCUUUAUAUUGACAAAGUUAUGUUAAUUGGUUCUGGUUGGUAAUUGAUUUCUAUUAUUAUUUGCAUGAUGAAUGCUAUUUGCUUUCUAUGAACCUAUGCUCAUUCAGCAGAAUUAAAUUCUAAAGUAAAACUUUAUUGUUCCAGAUUGACGUCUGCCCCAGCCUAUGACUCAGUGAUCGACAUCUGUAUGGUGACCAUGAGGGUGUGUGCUGUGCUCUAUGCCCUCAUGUUACUGCUGUCACAGACACUAUCCAAAACACACGUUGGGUAUCCACAGCGCUCCAUGGAGAUAAGAAGUAUGUUCUUUUCCAAUCUCUGUCUUUCUUUACUCUUCAUCCUCCCUUUAACUUGAACUAAUUUACUAUAAAGUCGUAUGAUCGCUCUCGCCACUUUCAUUCUUUGGACCCAUUUACACACUCGCUCUCCCUACCAUGUUCUUGUGUACGCUCCUCUCAUUAUCUUCUCUUCUAACUUCUCCCACAGUCCCUUUCACCCCACAGGUUCUGUUACAACCUCACCUAUAUUUCUCACCUCCCCCAACAAUGACACCAUUAUUUACUUUCAGAAAAGUUGUUAUCUAUUUUUCCUCCAAAAAAUUAUUUGUGACACUCAGAUCCAGACAUCGAUGCCUCGUGGUACACAGGACGAGGGAUCCGACCAGUAGGACGUUUUGGGCGACGGACGACAGGGAGAAUCCAAAGGCUGGCCAUUGCCACACAUAGAUUAUGUGUUCCCAACAUGGACAACGAAGACUGGCGAACGGAUUAA